AUGGCAAACUCAAAGUACGAUUACGUCCGUGGCUUCGAAGCCCCUCAUCACCUCCUGCGCGACACUUAUAUAAUCCUCCGCCUUGACGGCCGCUGCUUCACCAAAUUUGCCGCAAGUCACCACUUCCAAAAGCCCAACGAUCCACGCGCCCUCCACCUUAUGAACGCCAGCGCCAGCGCCACCAUGCGCUUCAUCCCUGAAAUAGCCUUAGCCUUCGGCCAGUCGGACGGAUUCUCCUUCUUGCUCCCGCGCGAGUGCGCGCUCUUUGAUCGGCGCGAGGAAAAGCUUUUGAGCAUCGUGGUUUUCCUCUGGCCUCAAUACUUUGCCGGCGAGACGGGAGGGGAAGAGCAGCGGCCUUUCAUGGCUCCGCCCAGCUUCGACUGCAGGGCUACUUGUUACCCGCAUGUGGAGAAUGUUAAGCAUUAUUUCUCUUGGAGGCAGGUUGACACUUAUAACAAUAAUCUAUAUAAUACUACUUUUUGGGCUCUUGUGCUCAAGGGUGGUUUGAAAAGGCAUGAGGCUGCCGAAGAGUUACAGGGAACCUCCUCGGCGGACAAGAAUGAAAUAUUAUUCUCACGGUUCGGGAUUAAUUACAAUAAUGAACCGGCCAUAUACAGGAAGGGAAGUGUGCAGCAGAAGCAGCAAGAGGAGGAGCAUGAAACCGCGGGGAUCCCAAAGUUCAAGUCAAAAACACCGAGGAAGAAGGAAGAGAAGCGCACGAGAAAGACCAAGAUUGUAAUAGACCACGUUGACAUAAUCGGUGAAGGGUUUUGGGAGAGACGGCCUUGGCUGUUAGGAAGUGGCAAUUAA